GUCGCUUGAAUUUCUCUGAGAUAAGCCCACUCGUCCAGCAAAAUAGAGUCCCUCAGGGUGACAGUUGACUUCCUAAAGGUGCCUCUUGGCCUGAAGAAGCCCGUGCUGAAGGAGGUGGCUGUGGGGCCCCCCAAGAGGCCCCAGCCCGCGAUCCUGGAGCGCUACAAGGCACGGCGUUCAGACGCCAUGGACACCGAGUCCCAGUACUCGGGCUAUUCUUACAAGUCGGGCCAUUCCCGCAGCUCCCGAAAGCACAGGGACCGCCGGGACCGACACCGCUCUAAGAGCCGGGAUGGGAGCCGUGGAGAUAAAUCGGUGACAAUCCAAGCUCCAGGAGAGCCCCUGCUGGACAAUGAGUCCACGAGGGGAGAUGAACGGGAUGACAACUGGGGAGAAACAACAACUGUAGUCACAGGCACCUCUGAGCACAGUAUCUCCCACGAUGACCUCACACGCAUCGCAAAGGACAUGGAGGACAGUGUCCCGCUGGAUUGUUCACGCCACUUGGGCGUGGCAGCAGGGGCCACUCUGGCACUGCUCUCUUUCCUCACCCCGCUGGCUUUCCUGCUUCUGCCUCCACUACUGUGGCGGGAGGAGCUGGAACCGUGUGGGACAGCAUGCGAGGGCCUCUUCAUCUCCGUGGCCUUCAAGCUGCUCAUCCUGCUGUUGGGCAGCUGGGCUCUGUUCUUCCGCCGUCCCAAGGCCUCGUUGCCACGAGUCUUCGUGUUGCGCGCCCUGCUCAUGGUGCUCGUCUUUCUGCUUGUUGUCUCCUACUGGCUCUUCUAUGGCGUGCGCAUCUUGGAUGCCCGCGAGCGCAGCUACCAGGGUGUGGUUCAGUUUGCUGUUUCGCUGGUGGAUGCCCUACUCUUUGUGCACUACCUGGCCGUAGUUCUGCUGGAGCUGCGCCAGCUGCAGCCCCAGUUCACACUCAAGGUGGUGCGGUCCACAGAUGGGGCCAGCCGCUUCUACAACGUCGGCCAUCUCAGCAUCCAGCGAGUGGCAGUGUGGAUCCUGGAGAAGUAUUACCAUGACUUCCCUGUCUACAACCCCGCCCUCCUCAACCUGCCCAAGUCCGUCCUGGCCAAGAAAGUGUCUGGCUUCAAGGUGUAUUCUCUCGGAGAGGAAAACAGCACCAAUAACUCCACUGGCCAGUCAAGGGCUGUGAUUGCGGCAGCAGCACGGCGGCGGGACAACAGUCACAAUGAGUACUACUAUGAGGAAGCUGAGCAUGAGCGCAGAGUGCGAAAGCGCAGGGCCAGGCUCGUGGUGGCUGUGGAGGAGGCCUUCACUCACAUUAAGCGGCUGCAGGAAGAGGAGCAGAAGAACCCCAGGGAGGUGAUGGAUCCCCGGGAAGCAGCGCAAGCCAUCUUUGCGUCCAUGGCCCGCGCCAUGCAGAAGUACCUUCGCACCACCAAGCAGCAGCCUUACCACACUAUGGAGAGCAUCCUGCAGCACCUGGAGUUCUGCAUCACUCACGACAUGACGCCUAAGGCCUUCCUGGAGCGGUAUCUGGCAGCUGGACCCACCAUCCAAUACCACAAGGAACGUUGGCUGGCCAAACAGUGGACAUUGGUGAGCGAGGAGCCGGUGACCAAUGGGCUUAAGGAUGGCAUCGUUUUCCUCUUAAAGCGCCAGGACUUCAGCCUGGUGGUGAGCACCAAGAAGGUGCCGUUCUUCAAACUCUCUGAGGAAUUUGUGGAUCCCAAGUCACAUAAGUUCGUCAUGCGGCUGCAGUCGGAGACCUCUGUGUGACUUUGCAGCAUCAGGGGAGGGGGAUGUGGGGUUCCUGCAGAGUGCUCUGUGUGACUUUGCAGCAUCAGGGGAGGGGGAUGUGGGGUCCUGCAGAGUGGGAGUGGCUUGGGUCUCUGACCCUGUCACAUUUCUGCCGCCCUACUUCCUCUUGCUCUUGUUUUUGUUUUGUUUUUUACUUGAAUUAACUUAUCCUAUAUCUGGUCUCCACCCCUCUUCCCCAGUUUUCCCGUGUAAAUCUGGAGAGACCACCUUGCUUUAACAGUAUCUGGGAACCACCCUGCCCCCCAAGUUUGUAUCAUUCCAGGCUCUGCAGGAAACAGUGCCUCUUACCCAGUUCUUCCCCAGAGUGUCCCCUGGAUGGAAGUCCUUUCUCAAAGGGCACAGGGCCUUCUUGAUUGUACCCUAACCCUAAGCUCCCACUUAGCAAACCUAAGUUCUUAGAGCCCUGCUCUCCAGUGGACCCUAAUAGGGUUUCUCUGGGGGGCACAGCUUUGACCCCAGAGAGCCAUGGUGCCAAACUCCUGCAGGACAGCAGCUAACCUUAUUCUCUGUCCCCUCCCAUAGCCCUGAAUCCCUGGGCAAGGAUGCACCUGUGACAAUAGUCCCAGCAUUAGUAUUUUCCCUGCAGUGUUACUAGCUUCCCUUUGUUACAGCUGUACUUUCCUGCUAAACACACACACACACACACACACACACACACACACACACACACACACACACACACACACACACACCCACACACCCACACACACCCACACACCCACACACACACACCCCAAGCAGGAAGUCCCAUCUUCUACCCAGGAGUCUUCACUGCUAUUUCUAACUUGUGUGAGCACAUGAUCAUAGGCAAACUGCUUUGACCACUUUUCCAGGGCUGUGGACAACUCCUGAGGGGAAGGGCAGGAUAGACCCCUGAGGUUGGAGAGACCCUUGUCACUUACCCUCAUCCUUUCUGAGCCGUUCAUUCCCACCCUUACCCGUGAAGGAUGCAUGCUGACUUGAUGAUAUGCGGACCCCGACCAACCCUGUGGUCUAAGAUAUUUUUCUUUUCUGCUCCAGCUACCCCAGUCCUGCUAACUUCCAGCUCUAGAGACCUGUGGCCUCAUCUCUUCUUAGGGGAAGGGCCAGCAGCUCCUUUUCAUGCCCUGCCUUAAGUCCAGUUCUUUGCCUCAGGGGUCUCUUUUCCAUGGCCUUCCAGGGUCCCAUCCUCUUCUCCCUGCCUCGCUUUCUAGGCUCUGUAUUGGAGUGAGGGACCAGGAUUCCUGCCUUUUGUGGCUCCUCACCCCAUCUUAACUAACAGAGUCUUUGCACCGAAUCUGAAUCUCAGUAAUUUAAAGCUCACUUUGAGCAGGAUUCACUAACCCUUUCUUGGAUAUUUUCAGAGCCAAUUUGAGCCUUUAAAUCAGACACCUUUAAAUUAUUUUUUAUCACAAGGAAUAGAAAUAGGAAAUAUCCACAUCCAUCCUUCCGGGAUCCCUGUGGAGGAUGGUCCUGAGGGCUGGGGUGGAGCAAUGCCUCUGGGCCACUUCUGUAAACCAGUCCCAAAGCCCCUGCAUAGGCCCUCCGCUUCCCUGGAAAUGUUACUGGCAUUUGCUGUGCCAAGCACACGCCGAGAUUUGAUCCCCAUUGAUCUCGAUGAGAGGCUGUGGGAUCCACAGCCCACCUACCCCUUACUAAGGGGCUCAUCCGUUAGCGCUUAUUUUGUUCCCACGGGAAUGGGCUUUUAGAGCUGACUUAGACAGGGCCUCAAGGUGAGCCUAGGGCUGUGGUAGAGGUUCCUGGAUAGACUCCAGAGAAAUAAAUCUGUACGUGGGUCAUGGGAUGGUAUCUUCUUUUUUUUUUUUUUAAAAAAAAGGAAGAAAAUCAGGUUUCAGAGGAGUCCUUUUUGGGUCCCGUGAAUACUUCACUACCCUGGAAUAGCAGGGCCUGGAUGGUGAUUGGGGUUGCUGCCUUUGUGGGCAAGAAUGGGGUGUGGUUGUUGGUUUGAGCAGUGGGCGGGGGGUGGGCAGAAGGAAAAUAUUUGGGAUCUUAGUUGAUGCCCUAGGGUUAGGGGCAUGGAGUGUUUAUUUUAAGAACCUGCCAUGUUUUUAAAUCACUGUGAUAUUUUCAUUCCUUUUCCCUAAAACGAAGAGAAAGAGUUUCCUUGACUCCCUGUCUAAGCACUAAGGGCUGUGACUAAGAAUGGUAGCGUUUUGGUCCUUUGUGUCAGAACUGUGGUAUCUUUGUCUACUUCGGUUGUUAUUAGGUUUUAAAAUGUCAGGAUGAAUU